AUGGCCUCAGAUUACCUAGAAGAAAACCUGUUGGUUGACCUACUGACUGAGGAACCCCCGCCAUAUCCACCACCGCCGCCCCCGCCAGAGGCAGAAGCGGCCCCCACCGCCUCGGCGGAGGCGGCCCCAGCUCCACCACCUGACCCUUCCCCAAUGGCUCACCGACUAAGAGGUCACCCUGUGAGGCUGACAUCUCUUAUACAGUCGGUCCUCACAACUCACCAACCUACCUGGGAUGAUUAUCAGCAGAUUUUGCAGGUCCUCUUAACCUCGGAGGAAAAGCAGCACGUUCUAUUAGAAGCACGAAAGAAUGUCCCAGGAGCCAACGGGCAGCCCACCCAGCUGCCCAAUGAAAUCGAUGCAGCUUGCCCUCUUGAAAGACCUGAAUGGGAUUUUACUACUGAAGCAGCAAGGGGCAAUCGAAGGGCAGACGACUUGGCUGCCCGAGAGGUGGCUCUGGCCACAGAAACCACUAACCUCCUGGCGCUAGAACCCACCAACGAUCGUCCCUUCCCCUCAUGGGACUACGAACAAAGAGACAUCCAGACCCUAGAGAAACUGGGAGCCACCAAGGAAUCAAAUGGGGAUUGGACUUAUGGAGGAAAGACUGUCCUACCCUACUGGGUAACUAAGUACUUAGUGAACUUUUUACAUAAGAUGACACAUCUGAGCCCCAAGAAGAUGCGAGAGCUACUCGAACGAGAAGAGGAAUUCAAUUUCCUUUUGGGGAAAAAUGACAUUUUAAAAGAGGUAACUGAACAAUGUGAUGCGUGUGCCCGAGUCAACGCAUCCAGACUGAAGCUUCCUCCCGGGAACCGGGUCAGAGCAACCAACCCCCAAAGGGUUUAUAAUAUCACCUGGAAAGUAGCCAACCUAGGGACCGGGGAAGUAGCCAACCUCAGCACUUAUAUAGGGACUCUACACGAUGGAUUCCCUCCUCUCUAUGUCGACCUAUGUGACUUAGUGGGGUCUGAUUGGGAUCCCUCGGAUCAGGAACCAUUCCCGGGGUACGGAUGCCAUCACCCUGGGGGAAGGAUGAGAACACGAGAAAAGGAUUUUUAUGUCUGCCCUGGUCAUAAACCAACCGACAAAUGCGGAGGGGGGGCACAGGAGGGAUAUUGUGCAAGCUGGGGAUGUGAGACCACAGGAGAUGCUUACUGGAAACCCUCCUCCUCUUGGGACUUCAUUACCCUCAAAAGGAGGGAAAUCCCCGGGUACAUAGAGACAGGGUCACGGAAAUAUGGGCUUAAAAUCUGUGGACCCUGUUAUGACAGUACCAAAGGGGGAAAUAUUAAAGGCGCCACCCCCGGGAAAUGCAACCCCCUCAUCCUAAGGUUCACAGAUCAUAGUCCUAAAGUUUGGGGACUCCGGCUGCACCGAGCAGGGAAAGAUCCGGUUACCUUAUUCUCCCUGUACAGACAAAUUACUCCCCUAAGCCAACAAUCAGUCGGGCCAAACCCAGUAAUAGCGGACGUUUCCCGGCCCCCAUAUUAUGAAGGCGUGGCAGUACUGGGCAACUACUCUAAGCAGACCUCAGCACCUACCAGUUGUGGAGCUGACAUGCAGCACAAGCUCACAAUAUCUGAGGUCUCGGGAAAGGGGCUAUGCAUAGGCAGGGUUCCUCCCUCACAUCAAGAAUUAUGUAACCAAGUAGAGCCAUUAUCUCAGGACAGCCGAUACCUUAUUGCCCCUUAUGGAACUUAUUGGACUUGCAGUACUGGGUUGACUCCCUGUGUCUCUACCACUGUCCUCAAUACCACCAUUGACUUUUGUAUAUUGAUAGAACUUUGGCCCAAAGUCACAUACCACCAACCUGAAUAUGUUUACAGCGUACUAGAGAAAUCAACCCGAUAUAAGAGUGAGCCAAUAUCCUUUCCCGUGGCCCUAUUAUUAGGAGGUAUAACAGUGGGGGGCAUAGCAGCCGGAAUAGGGACUGGUACAGUCGCCUUACAGGAUAUUAAUCAUUUUAAGCUUCUACAACAAGCCAUGCACACAGACAUCCAGGUCCUAGAAGAGUCAGUCAGUGCACUCGAGAAAUCCUUAACAUCACGGCGGCCUCUCUCUCUCUCUCUCUCUCUCUCUCUCUCUCUCUCUCUCUCUCUACAGGAAGGGGGACUGUGUGCUGCCCUCAAGGAAGAAUGCUGCUUUUAUGCAGACCACACAGGAAUAGUUAGAGACAGCAUGGCCAAAAUUAGAGAAAGACAUAACCAGAGGCAACAGCUAUUUGAGUCUCAACAGGGAUGGUUCGAAGGAUGGUUCGCUAAGUCCCCCUGGCUUUUUUCCCUUAUAUCCACUCUCAUGGGACCUCACCUUAUAUUUGGUCCCUGCAUUCUGAACAAGAUGACUCAAUUCAUCAGAGAACGACUAUCUGUUGUACAGGCCUUAGUCUUAACUCAACAAUACCACCAGCUAAAACAAAUAGAUCCUGAAUAUCCAGAGACCUCUGAAUGAAAGAUUCCAUUCAGUUACAAGAGAAAUGGGGGAAUGAAAGACCCCUGCCCCUUAGCUCUCUCUCUCUCUCUCUCUCUCUCUCUCUCUCUCUCUCUCUC